GGGAGGCGACGAUGCGCACGGCCGGAGAGACGCGGAGGAGGAGACAUGAGCCGGCGGGCGCCCGGACGGAGCGGCCGUGACGCUUUCGCGCUGCAGCCGCGCGCCGCAGCCCCAGAGCGCUGACCCCUGGCCUCGCGCAGUCCCGCGCCCCGGCCAGAGAGCCUGCCCCAGCUUUUAUUCCUCUCGCGCAUGCUGCCCCCGGAGUGAGCCGGGCACCAGCAUUCCGCGGACGCCUGGACGGCUGCCGGACAGCAGUGAGCAAGCUUCCCGCACCAGCCGAGCGCUUCCUGCACAGCGGCGGCCGCCCCGCAGCCCCCGCGCCAGCCCGGAGGGCGCAGCGCUCGGGAGGAGCCGCGCGGGGCGCUGAUGCCGCAGGGCGCGCCGCGGAGCGCCCCGGAGCAGCAGAGUCUGCAGCAGCAGCAGCCGGCGAGGAGGGAGCAGCAGCAGCGGCGGCGGAGGCGGAGGCGGAGGCGGAGGCGCCCGGUCCCGGCCGCGCGGAGCGGACAUGUGCAGGCUGGGCUAGGAGCCGCCGCCUCCCCCCCGCCCAGCGAUGUAUUCAGCGCCCUCCGCCUGCACUUGCCUGUGUUUACACUUCCUGCUGCUGUGCUUCCAGGUACAGGUGCUGGUGGCCGAGGAGAACGUGGACUUCCGCAUCCACGUGGAGAACCAGACGCGGGCCCGGGACGACGUGAGCCGUAAGCAGCUGCGGCUGUACCAGCUCUACAGCAGGACGAGCGGCAAGCACAUCCAGGUGCUGGGCCGCAGGAUCAGCGCGCGCGGCGAGGACGGCGACAAGUAUGCCCAGCUCCUAGUGGAGACGGACACCUUCGGUAGCCAAGUGCGGAUCAAGGGCAAGGAGACGGAGUUCUACCUGUGCAUGAACCGCAAAGGCAAGCUCGUGGGGAAGCCUGAUGGCACCAGCAAGGAGUGUGUGUUCAUCGAGAAGGUGCUGGAGAACAACUACACGGCUCUGAUGUCUGCCAAGUACUCUGGCUGGUAUGUGGGCUUCACAAAGAAGGGGCGGCCUCGCAAGGGCCCCAAGACCCGGGAGAACCAGCAGGAUGUGCACUUCAUGAAGCGCUACCCCAAGGGGCAGGCAGAGCUGCAGAAGCCCUUCAAGUACACGACGGUGACCAAGCGGUCUCGGAGGAUCCGCCCCACACACCCUGGCUAGGCCGAGGCCCGAGGCCCCCCGGACCCACUCACACUCCCCGAGAACGGCAUCAGAGGAAUAUUUUUACACGAAAAAUAAGGAAGAAGCUCUAUUUUUGUACAUUUGUUUUUAAAAAAAGAAAAAAAAAAAAAAAAAAAAAAAAAAAACUGAACCAAAACUCUUGGGGGGAGGGGCGAUGGGAUUUUACUGUUGACUUGAAACCCCCGGUGACAAGACUCAGGCAGAGGACUGCUGUCAGCCCACGGGUGCCUGCCCCUCUCGCUGCAGGAGUGCAGCUCUAACUUGUCCCCAGAGGACUCAACGAGGGAGCCGACACUCCGAGAAACCAAAGUUCUUUUUCCCAAAGGUUCUGAAAG